AUGUUCCCUUCUAAAAAUUCUUGCUUGCAUUUUGGGUUGGUUUCUGCUCUAUGUUCCCUUUUAGCGUUUCUUUCUGUUGUUGCUGCACUCCCUUUUGGGCGUUCAUUUCAUGCCCGGGAUCUUGCAAAUUGUGCCUGUGCCGAGCUUGCUUUAGAGUACGGGCUGCGGAGACAUCGAGGACCUCAAGGUCACCGAUGUUGUGGAGCUGGACGAGGUUUCCACGCAGUUCAUCGACCGCCUGUUCUUCCUGGAGAAGUUCGGUCCGUGCCGUGGCGGAGGGUUGUCUUGUGGUUUGACCGGAGCGGGGGCACACCAGAGAAGCGAUCUCGUCCCCAUUGUUCAGGUACCCUUCAUCUUUCUCUCGUUCGACCUCUCCAAGAAAGUUAUAUAGGUAUAGUAAGCUAA